AGGUGCGAGAGGUGUCUGUCUAUAGACCUUGGCGGCAAUUGCACGAUGCCUGGGCCUAGACCGCGUGGUCCUUCACGAGUGGCGAAGCCUGCUGCAGCUCAGCCGCACUGCUCAGGCAGGCAUCAUCAUCAUCAUCACCACCACCACCCCCAAUCCCUCCCUUCAACAUCACCUACCUCCCACCAUGCCACUCUCCGUUCGACUGCGAUCGUUACAGGCGAGUCACCAUGCCGCAGGUUUCAUCUAUUGUGCGAGAACAUGAUACCACCAACCAGCCCACGGCUGAGGGCCGUGAACAUCUCGAGCGCAUCGUUCUGGAAAGGCUUCGCCAAAGCCCCGACAUCUUCUCCAUCUUCACCCUUACUGCGUCAUUUGAUAUACCCUUUUGCGACCUGCCUUCCUUGAAGGGCAUUCCUGACGAGCAUUCCGAGCUUCCUGCGAGAAGCCAUGGUUUGGGGACUGGGGUGUCCUGCACCGUUACCAUCCACAGGACCGGCCACGCGGAAAGAGACGAAUAUCCAUCAGGUACGCUGGUUGCGCUCAAGAAGUAUAGCGCCACCCCGGACGACCUCCCCGGUGGCGGACAAGCGAACCGAAGGCUGUGCCAGCUACUCUGGCAGGAACUGAGCGUCUUUACGCAUCCAUACCUGCGACAUCAUGAGCACAUUUGCAAGUUGCUUUAUAUCGGCUGGGAGAGCAACUCCAUCGUUCCUAGCCUAGCCCUAGAACUGGCGCAAUAUGGCACUCUCGAAGACUGUCUGCAACACCUUAGGUCCUAUCAUUCGUCCCUCAGAAAGGCUCAUCUCAGCUGCGAUAUUGCACUGGGGCUGGCGGCCAUUCAUGCUUGCGGUCUGGUACAUGGGGAUAUCAAGCCUGGUAACAUCAUCAUUCAAGCGCACUCAUCACGAUCCAUCGUGGCCAAACUUUCCGACUUCAACGGAGUCAGCCCCGCCGAAAGCUAUGGAUCCAAUUCAUAUUCCUUUGGGACCCCCGAAUGGCAGGCACCAGAAGCCAUGAUUCAGGAGGCAGCAAUCGACUGGCAGCUCUGCGACGUUUAUUCCUUCGCCAUGGUCAUUGCUACCAUCUGGACAAGAAGCGGCUACAUACCACCCGGUGGUAGCUUCCUUGACACAUGUCUUCAGUACAAACUCGACACUGGAGAGAAGAGAACCUGGGCCCUCAACUGCAAACUCACUCAUGAUGAGUCCGACACAAGCUUACUACGGCUGGCGUUGAGCGAAAUCUCUGAGACCGAGCUCAACAUCCCCCUGGCAGGAAUUCUAGCUUCUGGGCUCUCGACUCAACCGACGAGGAGGUUUCCUAUGGCCACAAUGAUCACCACAUGUUUCGCCAACUUUGCGGCGGAGACUGGUAGAGAUCUUAGCUUUGCUCCAGACACAGCCCUCGUUUCAAACAUGCCCUACGAUACAGCCGACGCCUUCGGAACACUUUUUGUUUUGGAGCCCAAGUAUAUUAAUCGAAGCAGAACGUUCAAGGAAACCAUGCUCAAGGCCUUACUGGCGGCGGGUACUGAGCUUCGAUCUGCGGUACAAAUGCCAGCUGUCUUCGACCUUAAGAAGGGAAUCACUGUCUCCGACGAAGGCCUCUACGAUUUCCUCAAGAUUCAAGACAAUCGGGUUAAAGCCGCCUUGGCUGAACACGAUAGUCUUUACCGUCUCGCCAGGGUCGCAGCCAGCAUUUCCCUAUCAUAUCUCUUAGGCAUAGGCACCUCAGUAAGGGAGCAUUUCGCACGGGCAUGGCUGUGUGUUGCGGCAGGAGCUGGAGAAGGCAACACCACGCAUCUCUUCGGCCCUCUUGAGCAAUCCAUCAUGGUGGAUCAAAGCAAAAUCCCACGUAGGCUCUGGUGCGCUUUUGGGACUCUGACAGGCUAUCUGGGAACAGCCGAAUGCCUCAAAGACAUGGACCCGAGUCUAUACGAAGUGGCGAUACGUAUGCAUCGGCGGCGCCACUGGGGGAGACCUAGUCCUCAGAUUGUCAGGAUUGAGCCCUACCUCCCAGAUUGGAUCGCCGAGAUCCGAGAGGAUCAUGAAUUGGUAGACAGGCAAGUUCCAAGCAGACGAGGACACCGGGACAUCAACGAGACGGCACUGCAUCUCUGUGCCGCCACGGGCGAUCUCGAGUCCGCGAGGUACCUCGUGGGCUCUGCCGGUGCCAACAUCAACGCUCUGAACGCCCGCAACGAGACGCCAAUUUUUUACGCAACACGCGCCGGCCACUUUGAGAUGGCGAAGUUUCUGUUCGAGCAAGGAGCCGAAGUGGAUCGGAUCACCACCGAAGGCUAUGCCAUUACCCAUUUCCUGUCCAUGAUGGACGAUGACCAUGGCGCAGAGCUAGCUCCUCUAUACGUUGAGCGCGGUGCGGUUUUGGACGUUGCUGCAGAGGUGCCCCAAAAGGUGUUCAGCGAUAACUUCACUCGUGGCAGAGGCGUCCCGCUGUUCUGGGCCGCGUUGAAACUGCGCCCGCUGUUAUUCAAGGCGUUCCUCGAGAUGCACACGAGGGCCGACUUUCGCAUCAGUCGAGCCGACGUCUUGCAACUGCUCACGCUGCUUGCGACGCUCAACCUUCACGCGAUGUUGGACGCCACCCUUGAAUUGGCACCGAGGAUCAUUGAUCUAGCACAGGACUUACCUAGGGAUCCCGACAUUGAUAUUGUCGGGCAGUUGUUCCACAGCCUCAGCCUCGAUUCGCUGGGCGAGGAUGGACAACUCAUGAACCCCGCCCUUGCAACGGCCCUUUUGUACAACGCGAUGACUACUUGGCCUCCAAUCGUGCUUCAUCGAAGAUACAUCUCGCGGGACAAGUUUAGCGACAAUAAAGAGAGGACUCUAUCCCUACUCUUGCAACUGGGAGCAGAUCCACUAGCCUCGGCUUCGCCUCCCACUUCGGGAGGGGAAGGAGAAGAUAACGAGCAGGAGAUCCCUCUUACUUUGGCGGUAUACACCGGUGACACACUUGCCCUUCGCCUCUUCCUGCGGCACAUUACAGAUCGUGGCAUCGAUCCGUUACCCUAUCUCGCUGAUCCAGGGCGCUACGGCGGGUACAGUGCGCUGCAGAGGAGUAUAUAUUGUGACUCCCGCGACAUCUUCUUUUACCUGCUGGAUGAGUAUCCUUCUCUUGUCGAGCUCGUCGGAGACAAGGGCCGCAGGCCCCUCCACUCUGCGGCAACGCAAGAAUGGACCGGAUAUGCGACGGCGCUACUCCGCCGAGGCGCGAGCCCGUACGACCGUUCCCAGGAUCGGUCCACUCCCUUCACCUGGGCUCUUAUGCGGAAUCCCAGUCUUGAAGUUGUCGACGUCCUGGUUGAGCACUGCGAUGAUAUGGACCGCAUCUUGGGUCACGACGAGCAGAGCGGCUUCACUGCUUUUGGGAAACUGCUGAGCGCCCUGAUCAGUUAUCGAAUGGACUUUGGCAUCGACCGCCUCCGGUAUCUCGUAAAUAGGUUUGGGACACCGCCGUUCUUCACCUGGGUGCACAAGACGCAGCCAUGGAGCACGACCGUUUUUAGAACAGUGCUGCUCCAGAAGACAUCCCCGACUGACGGGGCGCAUCUUGCGCUCGAGAUGUCAGUCUUGGAGUUUCUGUUGGAUCUCUACCCCGAAAAGAUUGACUUCAUCGACUAUUCUGGCAGGGCCGCUUUGCACUACGCGGCCAUGUACGGCAACUCUUCGGCCGUGGAGCUGCUCCUCCACCGGGGGGCUGCGGCAGGACUCGAAACGCAGGCAUCACACGCGUCGUUGGAUCCCACGGGCCAGAGGGGGUUUGUCGGAUACACGGCUCUCGACCUCGCGGUCAAGUAUCAGCGAGUCGGCCCCGGGGAAGAGGUCCUGCGCGGCGGACGUCGGGAGAUUGUGGCAUGGGACGCUAACAUGCAGAAAACGAUACGCAUCUUGGUCGAGGCUGACGGCGGCCAGUCAGGGAGCGGCGUACGGCUGCACGAUGGCUUAUUGACAGCUACGGCAGCUAGGCAUCUGAGCAACGUUCACAUUGGGAGCAGUAGGUGGCCGCAUUGACCUAGACCAUGUUUUUUUUUAAAAUUCUAUAUUGGCCGCACUCAGACUUACGAUUUCGCGUUCAAAGGAAGAGCACUGCGUGCUGACCGAAGCGGCGACGGUGACUGGCCGCAGACACUCCCUCACGACGGGCCGGAACCACCGGCGGCGUUCGACGUCGAGGGGUACAGCGACGAGGACAACGAGCCCGUGGAGAUUAUCGACGAGACGGGCCUGUCCGUCAGGAUGCCACAGCGCUCGCUGAGGAUGAUGCAGGAUCUCCUCGGUGCCACCGAUCCAGCAGUGGUGGCUGGGAAUCUGGUGAAGGACCUCCCCCUGCCCCCUGAAGGGUAUCUGAGCAGCUUGCAGGCGCAGGUCUCGCAGCGGAGGGCCGAGAGGUCAACAAGACCCCCGUUGGACCUGCCUCCUGGCUGGGAGGCGAGAGUGCAUGGGUCGAGUGGGAGGGUGUACUAUGUGGACCAUAACACGCGGACGACGACGUGGCUGCGCCCGAGUUGAUGAUGACUUGUACGAGAGUAGACUCCUUGGUGGCAGUGACGAGGUGACCUUUUUUAUUGACUAGCCAGUUUCACAUUAUGCGUUACACGUUCGUUCCUUCAACACAGUUUGAGCUGGAAUAAAGGGGUGC